UGUUGGGCUGAAGUCCUCUGGUGCCUCUUUUUCCCUCAAUAGAAUAAUGCGAGGUUUCUUCCUCUUCCUCCCCUCGAAUUAACCCUAGUAAAGAUAGAGAGAUAGGUUGAAUCAAUCAAUCAAUCAACUGGGAGCGAUGGAGAUGCUAUGCCUCGCAAGAAGAUCUACUCGGUACCUGAAAAAGUGUUUAUAUGACGCCGGAGCUUCUCUGCGUUCACGCAAUGGCUUAAGAAGCUAUAGUACCGGUGUAUCUGAUCAAUCACGGAUAAAGCCCUCCAUGUCAUUCGCUUCAUUAUCAUUCAUUGUGGAUGAAGCCAAGUACUUCAAAUUUAAUAUCCCUGGACUGGCAAAGACGGAGACCGAUGAAAGCCUUUCGUUAUUCGUAAACAUGCCUGGAGUGAAAAAGGAGCAUGUCAAGGCAUGUGUUGAAGAAACCAGGUCUUUGCUGUCCAUCCAAGGCCAAAAAUAUGAAGAAAGCUAUUAUGGUGGUAGACUACCUAAAGUAACCUACCAUGCAUUCAUGGGGUUGCCGAAUAACUUCGUUUACAACAAGACUUGUAUAAUCAACACAGAGAUGCCUCAAGAUGGAAUGUUUGAGGUCACCCUGUCCAAGCUUGAUCGCAUCGAAUUGAAAAAGACUAACUUCUUCACCAACAUCUACUAUACUCUUGGAUCUAGAUUCACUUUCCUUUUUUAUUCUAGCAUCCCCUCUGUUAUUAUGACUAUUGCUCGACCACUUGUAGUCAACCUGUAUUGCCCACUGCGGUAUGAUUCAUUCACAAUGUAUAAGGAGAAGACCGCCAAAAGCCUCCACAUUAGCCUAACGCCUGGACCCCAGAAAAUGGACUUCACCAGGGGAGGCGGAUGGGUAUUAUUCUUAAACAUGCCUGAACUCAAGAUAGAGGACGUCAAGUCCUUUGUAAAAUACAACACUUUGUUCAUUGAAGGAAAAACAAAAACGAAAACGAACAUGGUGCAGUAUAUUACAGGCAUACGUUUACCAGAGUACUUCAAGACAAAGCGUAAUAUGAUCAAGACAGAAUUGCAAGAUGGAUUGUUUAAGAUAACCGUUCCCAGUGUGGACACCAAGACUAACAUCCUCUCUAGCAUCCUCUCUAACAUCAUCUCUAGCAUCAUCGUUGAUUUCAUAUCUAAACGAACAUGUUCUCUCCAUGGAAGCGAUGGUUGGACUUCUAGGAUAUUCACCAGGUUAAAUAAAUGGACAUUCAAAUGGGCUCCCACCCAGAAAAGGUGGACAAAGUAUACACCUGAUGAGCUUGAAAUUGAAUUCCCUGUGUGUGGCUUGGGUAACGAAGCAGACAUCGAUAUGCGGGUCGACGUGAAGAAUAGAUUCAUAUUAGUAGCUAAAAACAACGAGAAGGGCAUCUACUAUAAGUACUACCAACAGCUACCACGGUGUGGUAACUUUGAAAAGGCUCAUUUUAAAUCAAAAUUAGAUUUGGGCCUGCUGACUGUCAAUGUGAAGAACUUCCAAAAAGAGGAAGUGAAAUUUGGAUUCGAUUAGACCAAAGCCGAAUCAGGCGAGUUUGUCAACUUGUUUUAUAAACGUAUGCAUCCUUUUCCCUCUGGUAUUUUAC